AUGAGAUCUAACAAGAAAGAUUCUGAAAAGCAUGGAAUUAGACUUCCUGGAGUGUUGUUAGAUUCUAUAAGAGAAAAGGAAGAGAAUGGUGACUAUGGUGAUAGACUGUAUGACAAAAAGAAGAGGAAAGUGGCGAAAAUAGAACCCAGAAAGGAAAGAAGACAAAAAGAGAGACAAUUAAAGAAACAAAAGAGAUCCGGAAUUAACCCUCAACACAACGCCAAUUCUAGAUCCAAGAACGACAAUAAACCAUCCAAUACCAAAUCAUCGCUGAAGAAUGGUUCCAGCAGUAAAAAAACCGAUAAUAAACCCAAGCAUUUGGAAAUUGAUCUUAAUGAAGAUGAAGAUGAUCCUAUGGAAGCUUUGAGAAAAUUGAAACAAGGUAAGAAGGUUUCCGAAGUGAAGAUCAUAAAGGAAGAUGAUCUUGAAGAUGACAUUAGUGAAGGAGAAAUGGAUGAUUUUGACGAUUUCGAAGAUAUGGAUGAUGAUGAUGAGGAGGAGGAAGAUCCGAUGGAGGCAUUGAGGAAGCUUAAAGCUAAAAAGUCAGGAAAAAGUAGUGAAGUCAGAAUUUUGAACGAGGAAGAUUUAAAAGAUGACAGUUUUUCAGAUUUUGGUGACUCUGGAGAUGAAAUAAUAGGUCAUCUGGGUGAAGACUCUGAAGACUUCGGUGAUGAUUUCGAGGAUUUCGACCAAGAUGAUUUUGAUGAAGAAGAAGAAUUGGAAUACGAAGAAGAUCCAUUGGCUAAACUCAAGGCUUUGAAAGAAGCUAAAGCCAAGUCAAGUGAGAAAACCAAAGAAAAGGAAGAAAAGAAGGAAAAGAAAGAAAAGAAGGAAAAGAAGGAAAAGAAGGAAAAGAUAGAGAAGAAAGAAAAGAAGGAAAAGAAGGAAAAGAAAGAGAAGAAAGAUAAGAAAUCCAAAGAUAAACCGGCCUUACCUCCUCAGAUACUUGAACAGAUGAAAAAAGACGAGGAUGAUAUGGCAUUUUACGCAAAGAAGUUAGGACUUGGAAAGAAAUCGAAACUUUCAAAAUCGGGUGAUGAUGAUCUCAUCGGAGGAUUACUUGACGGACUUGAUUUUGAUUUCGACCAGGAAGGUGAUUUCGAACAAGAGGAUGAAGAUGACUUUGAACAAGACGAUUUCCAACAUGAUGACGAAGAUGAAGAAAUAGAUGUCGGUGAAGAAGAAGCACAAUCAGAUGAUGAUAACGAAAAAAAUGAUGAUAAUAUAGAAAAUCCAUGGACUGAUGAUAGUAUUAGUGAAGGCGAUUUUGACACCGACAUUAGUGAUAUGGAAGACGAAGAAGAUGAAGAAGCCAAUACAAUUCCAAGUAAUGAGAAUCCAUUCGUCGCCCCCACAACAGACAAUUCAACUAAAUAUAUUCCUCCAGCUUUACGUCGUAAGAUGGCUAUGGAAUCAGGAGAACUCUCAGCAGAAGCCUUAGCAUUACAAAAACAAAUAAAGUCAUCUUUCAACAAGUUAUCUGAAGCCAACAUAUCAUCCAUAGUUAACGACAUCAAUGCAUUGUAUAUGUCUAAUCCUAGACAUUUAGUUAACGAAACCAUAACAAAUAUUGUCAUCAACGAUAUAGUUCAACAAGAUAGAUUAUUAGAUACUUUUGUGACCCUUCAUUCAUGUGUUGUUACAGCCAUUUAUAGAUUACAAGGUGUUGAAAUGGGAGCUCAUUUCAUUCAAACAUUGAUUGAAAAGUUUGACAGUCAUUACAAAAUGGGAGAUAAGACCAAGGAAAUUUCCAACAUUAUUUCUUUAUUAUCGACGGUUUAUUCAUUCCAAUUAGUAUCUUCUAAAUUGAUUUAUGAUAUCAUCAAGGUUUUAAUUGAAGAUUUCAAUGAAUCAAAUGCUGAAAUCUUAUUGAGAUUAAUCAAGAAUUCAGGAAACCAGAUCAGAACCGAUGAUCCAGGAGCUUUAAAAGAGAUCAUUUUGUUAAUGAACAAAGUAUCUUCUUCUAUGAAACAAGUCAAUCCAAGAACUCAAUUCUUAAUUGAAACCAUUAACUCCUUGAAAAAUAAUAAAAUGAAGGUCAAUAAUGACUUCAGUCAUGAUUUAGUUAUCAGAUUAAGGAAAUUCCUCGGUACCUUGAGUUCAAGUAAGUUAAAUGAUACUAUUCAAGUUAGUCUUGAUGAUAUCAGAAAUGUUGAAACUAAAGGUAAAUGGUGGUUAGUUGGAUCUGCUUGGAAAGGUAAUGAAGAUGAACCUCAAGAUAAUUUCGAUUCCAAAGCAAUGAAUGAUAUCCUAGAUGCUGCUGAACCUAAUUGGAUGCAAAUAGCUAAAGAUCAAAGAAUGAACACCGAUAUCAGAAGAGCCAUCUUCAUCUCAAUUAUGUCAGCAGAAGAUUAUGUAGAUGCUUUGACAAAAUUAGAUAAAUUAGCAUUGAAAAGAAAUCAAGAGCGUGAAAUCCCUAGAAUCUUAAUUCAUUGUGUUAGUGUCGAAUCAAGUUGGAAUCCUUACUAUGGAUUGUUAGCCCAUAAAUUAUGUGAUACUCAUUCUUAUAGAAAGACAUUCCAAUUCAUGUUUUGGGAUUUAUUGAAGGAAUUCGAUGGAGCUUUGAAUGAUGAAUCUGAAGAUUUCUUUGGUUUUGAUGACGAAUCUAAUGAUGAUAAAUUGAAAAGAAUUUACAAUUUAGGUAGAUUUUUUGGAUUCCUUUUAUCAGAAGGGUCAUUACCAUUACACUCUUUGAAAAAUGUUAACUUUUUGGUGAUAUCUAAAGAUAACAAAUUAUUCUUGGAGAUCAUAUUAGUUACAUUCCUCGACCAAAUAGCUAAGAAGUCACAAGUUAAUGUUGUAGGAGCUGGUGUAGGAAAAAUCAAAAACGCCGAUAUGAAAUUCCAUGAUCAAUUAUUGAUUGAAAGAGUCUUGAAGGCCAAAGAUGAAAUAACAUUAUUAAGAGGUUUACAAUAUUUCAUUCAGGAAAAGACCAAGACAAGUAGCUUCGUUGAUGGAAAAAGACAAAAGAAGAGAGUAGAAUGGGGAUCGAAUGCCAUGUUUGAUGUCAUUGAUGAAUUGUUGCAUAAUUCAGAAAAUUAA